CGUUAGAUUCUUGGGUAACGCAGCCCCCAAGGUGCUCAUAACGGCCAAGGUUUUCAAAAAAACCCAAAAAACUUCUCCCGAAAUGAUCACGUGACGGGGGGAACGAUGGUGCACUGCCCCCCUGUGUGUCGGUGACCCUACAUCUACUGUGACCCACGCGGCACAUCAAAGUGACCGGCGGAUGCGCCUGUGGCAAGGUGUCCUACACGUGUGACGUCCAGCGCGUGGCAGGCGCGCGCCAAGGAAACAGGUCCGCGGGCCAGGUGCGAGCUCGAGCCAUCGAGACAAGAUGGCGACCGUGGGAGGGGGACAGGUAGCGGGAGGGGAGGAGUGGGGAAAAGACAGAAAUCUGAGCAAAGCUCGCAGCUAGGUAUGAUAGGCGGUGGUUUCGUUUUGGCCGAGGGGACAGGGGACCAAGAAAGAUCAAGGACCUCAUCUCUCUCUCUAGCACGAGAGAUGGCGAGCGCUGGUGAAGGAGGGGGCGGUGCCACAGCAGCUGCCAAUCACCCAGCGCACGGGCGGUGCUUGCUGCCUCCCUGUGAUUGGCCAGCCUCACAAGUGGGGGGAGGUGAGGCGCAGCAGCCAGGCACGCGCCUCAAACUGGAUGGUGCGCCCCUCGCGCGCGCAUUUGGCACACGACAGGCACGAGCCGCGGCGGAAACCCAAAAGGGGAGAAGACACCACAAGGAUCGGCGGGGAAUCGCCCCACAAUUUCGGACUAGAUUUUCUCACAUCUUGGACUAGAAAAAACAAACAAAAAAAUCAAAAAAUUUAAUUAACGAGAGAAAAACUUGUGCGUGCCUCUUCUGGAACCCAGCACCUGCUUUGUGCAACGGAGGCACCGCCUGGCUGCAAGCGUUCCUCCUGCACACCGUCCUCCCCUGCCAAGAAAAGAAGAAUAAUAAAAAUGCCGGCGACGCUUACUCCGCUGAUAACGACAACAACGACGAUGGCAGCGAUGGCGAAGACGACGACCAUCAGCAGCAUCCCUGUGCGCGCCAUCCCGGUGCCCAACACCAACAAGCUCAUCCUGGCCGGACCCUGCAUCGUGCUGCGCACAGCCACCGUGGCCGAGGCUCUCCGCCAGGAGCGCAAGCUCGAGGCCGCCAUCACCACCACCACCGCCAGCUCCACCACCACCAACAGCAGCACCUCCACCACCCCUGCAGCUUUGACCCACAGGACGGCGGCAUCCAAGACUCCGCAGAGUCCAGAGCUGCUGCGGUGCAAGCGGCGAGCGGAUAUCGGGCGGCUGGGUUUUCCGGAAGCCAAGCCGGCGUCGGUGUCGCGGCGGAACGCUCGCGAGCGGAACCGCGUGAAGCUGGUCAACCUGGGGUUCGAAACCCUGCGCGAGCACGUGCCGAACGGCAAGAAGAACCGCAAGAUGAGCAAGGUGGAGACGCUGCGGUCGGCCGUCGAGUACAUCCGGCAGAUGCAGCAGAUGCUGCGCAACUACGACGCCGAGACGGGGAGCGUCACCGAAAAAGUCCUCAUCAACAUCGACGACAGCGAUAACACCAUCGGUGGCGGCUGCAGCAGCAGUGACGAGGACAACGGGAUGUGCGGCGAGAUACCGCUCGUCCUGGCGCCUGCUGGUGCUGCUACAUCGGUCCCCGCCACCAUCGUCGCCGAUGCUUCAACUACGACGUGUGCAACCACAACUGUCGGUGUGGCGCCUGUUGUGACCACCAUCGGAGGCUGUGAGAAAAUGAUCAUCGAUAGUGUGAAUAAUAAUAAUAAUAACAACAACAGCAUCAUCAACAACAACAGUAUCAAGGUGGUCAACCUCAACAAAAACUCCAUCAGCAUCGCCAGCGCUGGCAAGAACAACACCGGCAGCAAUAACACCACCAAAGAUGUCAGCAACCUCAACUUCAUCAACCUCUUGCCUGCCCCGGCCCUCGCCAACGCCGGCUCUCAGACUUUCACAGUAUUCACGCUUCCAUUCCAUCAGUCGCUCUCGCCAAACCUCAUCACGGACGAGAUUUUUAUCUCCAAUUCUUCGGUGCCACAGAACCCGAGUAUUUUAACUUCCUCCGGAAUAAACGCCUUGAGUGGGAACAUCACAACUUUUACCAACUUGCAGACCCUCGCCACCCUGUCUGGCACCCGGGGUAUUUCUUUGUCCUUCGCAGGGCCUGUGCAGGACUUACAUCAGAAACAGCCGCAACAACAACAGCAACAACAUCAGCAGCAAAACAUAUCCGUCACAUCAACAGAACAAUGUCAUCCGGGUGUGACAGCCUGCAUAGACCAGCAGGAACAACUGCUGCAGCAUCAGCACAACGAACAGCACAACCACCAGCAGCAACUGAUGUCGUUGCCAGACGCCCCCACCAGCAGCAGCAGCAGCUUGUCGCGGAUAGAGGACCCGACGCAGCACACCACCACGUUGCUAUGCGACGCGACGUUCCUUCCCCAGCAGCAGCAGCACCAACUGUCGAUGAUGCACCAUCAGAUGCAGCAGCCGAUGGACCAGGUGCCCUCCCCUUGCCUGUCCACCGCCUCCAGCUCCCCCUCCGAGACAUCGUCGGAGAGUUCCUACGAGUAUUACGAGGCUCUGGAAGGUUCGCUGGAGGAGGACCUGCAGGACAUCUCCAACUGGAUCACCGAGCUGUGCAGCGCGCAGGACAUGCAGGCGCACGGUGAUGCUGAAGACACCCCGAACUUUCUCCGGCAACAGGAAUUGUGAACUGGAAACUUCCACUCCCAUAAACUUUAUAAAACGAGCUCUGCCGACGACUGCCCCCAGCUUCCUGUUGAGACUGACGUCACACUGAGGAAUCCGACAGGAAACGGUCUAACGGUCUAACGGUCACCUCUACAGGGUGUGUAUGUAUGAGUGCGUGCGUGUGUGUUUAACAUUGAGUGAAACAAGAGGAUAGAGAUCAAUUGCUUGUCUUUAUACACAGUAAACAUAUCAAACUAGAUUCAAACCCCAUUUCUAACUAUAGUUCAAAUAUUUUCAGAUGUUUACAAUUAUUACUAUACACUUAUUUUCUACGCAAACUUUGUUUCUCUUUCCACAGAGAACUUGAUAAUCGAAACUUUUGGAACUCUUUUGUAUAUACGAUAUGUUCCCUAUACAAGUUAUAAUAUUGUAUAUAGUGUUAUGUCCCCUAUACGAGUUAUAGUGUUGUAUAUAGUGUUGUGUUAUAGUAUUGUAUUUAGCGCCGUGUUCCAAGAAGCAGGUUACAACAUUGUCGAUGGCAUUAUCAACUGUUUUGUCUUACAUAAAUAUACUUUAUUCUAUGCCUCGUGCUGGGAUAGUCUGUUAAUGAAGGCCUGAUGGUUAAUGAAAUCAUUAAGGCAAAAAGAUAAUGAAAUGACAACGAAUUUUAGGUGAUCUGGUAAAUAUUUUGUUAAUAUUUUCGUGAACAUUCCGAAAAAAGUUGUAUGAGUUUGCAGCUAAAAAAUCCAAAAGGAAAGAAUUUUAAUAACAACAAAAACAAAUAUUUGUUUUUCAUUCGAUGUAAAUCAAGCUGUUAUCAUCUUAAAAGAAAGUGAAACUCAUUCCAGUCGUGAUCACAGACUGUCACAAACGUUUUCAGUUUGACAUUACAGCGGUUGCUUUAAAAGAAAGUUAUCUUUGUUAAUGAUGAAAGUGAUAUGACCCUGUUAGACGAUGAUGAUGUUAUACAGAGUUGAUGUUAGAGCCAACAGACCUGUAUAGUGCAGCUUAUACAUGUGAUGUGAAUUGCGAUGUGAUGUGGACAGUUGUGAUUGUGUGAUUCGCGAAGAUGACUGUGAAAGCUGUGCGUCUCAGGCCUCUGUGUUUCUAUGGCAACAAGAGUGUUUCUCUUCGAGUUGUUGGUGUUUGAAAGCAGAUGAUAUUCACGUUUCCCCAAACAUAAUUUUAACCCCCCAGAAAUGUCUUUUAAAAAUGGCAUGAUCGAUUUAACUGUUCACAGUUCCCCUUUGACCUUUGAGUGGGUGGGUAAAACAAGCAUAAAGAUUUUAUCACGAAAAAUACCAGAUACCUGCUGUGGCUGUUGUUAAAUCAUUUUCUUCGAUAAUUAUCUUCAGUAUACUCUUAAUUUACGCUUUUCAGAGUAACCUGCUGAAGCCGGUUAUUAAUAAAAUAAAUAUAAAAAUAAAAUUAAUAACAAUAAAUAAUAAAUAAAAUAAAAGCAAGAAUAGGAUCGAGAACACUCCAUCCCCAACCUCCCAGUCGGCACGUGUAGGUGACAUCAGUACUGAAAACUAAAGCCGACUGCUGCAGUCUCUCUCUCUCUCUGUGGUGCAAAAGCUGUGUGUGUGUGUGAGUGAAAGAUGAGAGAGUGAGUUGUACUCACAGCCAAAUGUUGAGGGAGGAAAUCUCGCCAUAAUGCGUUAUGUAGCCGAGAUUUCAGCCGCUUGGUCGUCUGGGAAACGACAGAUGUUAUGACAGGUGACAUGACGAGACACAAACGGAUUGGAAAAUAAUACAUCCUUCUCUAAGUAAACGGGCCAACACAGUGUGUGUUUGUUUAACUUUCUUUUACUCGUUUAUAUUUUUAAUAAAAUAAAUUCGUGUAAAUGUCUCGCCAUAAGUUGCUUUACUCUCUCAUGAACAAAGAUAUACACCUUGAUUAUUGCAGGUGAUUAGCCUAAUUUGUCCUAACUUCUCCCACGUCUAGAUAACUGGCGAUAAGAUAACAUCCUCUUGGGUCUUACCCGCACACCUGUAGAGAAGUGAGUACCUACACCAAGGUAGAUGCGGCUCGUGGGAUGGGUGGGUAGGUAGGAGAGGUGGGGGACCUGUAAAGCUAACUCACCUUCUCAGCACUGUUCACUUCAGAUGUUCAGUGAGCCAAUCUCUCACAGUCCACAGUGUUUAUAAUCUGCGUUUUCCUUGCGUGUGAAUGAAUAGUUAUAGUCAUAGCCUUUCUCCUUGGUUAGAACCAGUUUUCUGUCAUUUUCUCUUUUAUUCCUCUUUUCCCCCAAACAGCUUUCUACCGCCUUCGCUCGGUCGCUUCAGUUGCUUUUAUCCGCCAUUCCAUUCAUCUGCCAGCGACUGUUAUAAAUAUCACGAGCCACUUGUAACUGUGACCAGCUGUUUAUUUGACAGAAGUCAUGCAGGCGAGCUCACAAACAUGUAGAAAUACUUUAGACAAACAAUUGUACAAAUAUUAUACUUAUUCAUUCAUAAUACUAUUGCAGAGUGGUUGGACUCUUAAGUUAUGUUUCGCUUUAAUUCAAAACCAUUUUUUCUGCAUUGUACCACUUUGUAAUUUCGUUCCUUGCAUCACAGUCUGAUGUAACCUACCUUUCUGAACCGUUAUGCGUGUAUUUUUAUGUUUUAGUGUUGUAUCAACUAAAAUUAUUUCAUUCCUAAGGAAAUGCAAAGUGUCUUGUGUACUAUUCUAUUUGACUAAUUUAUUUUGCUUUUCAUUUAAUUUAUACAUUGUUUUGUACAAGCUUCGUGAACAGGACCGCGGUUUUGAUAUCACCUGUAUGUUGUGGGUCAUCAUUACCUGUCUUAUUUUCACGGUCCUUGGAACGCUUGCAAGUUUCGGUCUGCGGAAAAUAAUGUCAAAAAAUGUCAAAGCUUGGCUGAGCUAACUGCACCCUUCAUGUACGUCCAUGCAGUUAUGACAAUUAUUUUCUAGUCUAUAUUUUGCAAUUUAUUUGCGCAAAAAAACUCUGCCGGGUCUAUUUUUAUAGAGCUGGUGUAUUUUUAUUAUUUUUAGAAGGUCUAUUUUUACCUUAAUUGAUGUCAGGAAUGUUGGGAGACUGAUUGCACACACUAAUUGCUCGUCGCAGUGGACAGUUACAGACGACAGGAAGUAUCGGAGGGACACCAUGACACCUGUUGUGUUCGGAUGGUUAUGUGCCAAAAGCAAGGUCUGUGCUCUGAUCUUUGCCAUCAUUGCAAUCGUCACUGUGUUCAGUGCUGCCACUGCUUUUUGAGUGGACCAUGCGGUUUUCUGUGUGUUUCUUGUUUUUAACUGUUUUUCUAGAAGUUUGCUUUUAUUUUCUGAGGCUUAGUUGGUAUCCGUAGCCUGCUGCGCAAUGUAAAAGUUUUUACGAUGAGAGAAUUUAUUUCCCAAGUGGAAGAAGGAUUUUUUGAUACUGUAAACGUUUUUUUCAGACGACAUUAAUUGUAGCUUUAAAAAUGAUUUAACAUAAAGCUUGACUUUAAUGAUGUUUUAUGCUUUGUUUGUUUGGGGGGUAUUUGUGUUAACAAGCAAGAUGUAUUAGCUGAUGGAAACUAUUCCUACACACAUUUCCACUCGUGCUAUACAUUCCAAACUGUGCCUUCCUAUUCCAACAUGUGCUUCCAAACUCCAGCUUUUGACUACCCAUAGUGUCUUCCGUAUUUUCACACGUAGAGCCCACCGUAAUUUUUUUUUUCUGUGCCUUCACAUUCCAGACCUCGGUUUUGAUCUCCGAGCAGAGAAAUGUUAGCCUCUGAUAAGACGCGAGGGGAAAAUGCGAGAAACUUCUUACUUGAAAUUGAUAUGGUUGUGUACAGUGUAUUUUCUACUGGAUAGGUAAUUUGUACUGUUGUUUUUAUAACUAUUUUAUUGUUGUUUUCUACACUAUAUUGAUCUAAUAAAUGAACAAA